GCAAGGUUAAUGAUUAUGUGGUGUUAUAAGGAAGUGAACUUCAGUCAUGAGGUUGUGAAGGAGCGCUUCUGGAGCAACAAUCCAAACAGGAAGGACUUGAUAAUAAGAAGGAGGAUGAUAGAAGGUAGAAGAAAGUAAGUUUUUCUCACAAGAAGAUUUGAUUUACUCCAAAACACAGCAAGUUUCUCACGCUCAGGUAAAGCCUUUCUUGCAGCUCGUCUCCACCAACAUGAAGGCAGAAGACAAACUGCAGAUAGGAAAAUUCCUGUUCAUGCUGAUCAACUCUUUUUUUGUGCUCCUUGGUAUCAGCCUUUUUGGAUCAUCUCUAUGGAUCUUAUUAGACACCAGUAGCGCCAUAACCGUUUUAAGCAAUGAGACGGACCUCAAGGUGGCGGCCGGAGGGCUGUUUGUUAUCGGUCUGGUGGUUGUUGGUGUCUCAAUGUUGGGCUGCAUUGGAGUCCACUUAGAAAACAGAUGUUUCAUUGCAAUUUACAUGGGCUUCUUAAUUGCCAUCAUUUUUGGUGAACUUUUCAUCACCUUCCUGCUAUUGCUGAAACAGAGUCACAUCGAGAAGGUUUUGACUACAAGUGUAGACGCCAUCAUCAGCAUGUACGGGGUUAAUGCUACACAAUCCACCUGGAGUCUUCUGGACAGAGUGCAGCAGUCUGCAAAAUGCUGCGGCAGACAGAACGCCAGCGACUGGGAGACAAACCAAUUUAUUCAGCUCCAGAACACGACUGAUAUUUACCCCUGUUCUUGCUUCAACGGGAGCUGUCCUGUAGUCCUGGCUUACGAGAUAUACCAGUUUGGAAAUGGUACUCAAAUCUACACAACGGGCUGUGAGGAGAAACUGAAGGAUUGGUUUGAACAGAACGUAUUCGUGAUAGUAGGCAUGAGUCUCGCUCUCCUGUUCAUUCAGGUCCUGCAGUUUAUUCUGGGAUUAAGUAUCUGCCGGAACAUUGUUCCUAAGAUUAGAAAUAAGCAGCCUGAAAAUCUCCUCGAUGAAAUGGGCGAAAACCCGGCGUCGAGUUCCGAACCACAACAAAAUGAUCUGGACUAUCGUCAGGAUUACACACACCAGCCCAUGCAUGAUGUCUAUAAUCAAGGACAGGGUUAUCGCCAGGAUCCGGAUCCUCAGCCUCAACAUCUACCCGACAUUCAUGCAUACGACCCGAGACGGAACAAUGAGUAUGAUGACGUCAGACAGAGUCAUGAUCAGUACGAAAGCCAAAAAUAUCAGCACCAUCGUGGCCCUGUGCAAAACCGUUACAUCUAUAACCAGAGACCUGUAGACGGUUCUACACAGCAGUAUAAUGAUGCGAGUUAUGACCAGUUUCAAGAGCAACAGUACGGAUAUGAGCGUGACCUGCAGCACAGACAGAGCUAUAGAGCCAAUUAUAAUCGAGGUUAUGAUCAUGAUGACGACAUUACUUACUAGUCCACUCCAAAAUUAUUGGUAUUGUUUAAAAAUUGACACAAAAAAUUCCAACAGUUAAACAACUGAGUUUUUUUUUUUAAAGAGAAUAGGAACAAAAUAAAAUUUAUUUAUUUAUUUUUUAUUUUUUUUAUUUUUUAUUUUUUGCAGGGGAUAUA